AUGCGUCGAACCUUGACAAGAGGCAUUUCUACUGCCGCGGCUCGCCAUACCCCCUCCUCGGUACGACCUAGAGUAGCAUUCAGUAUGCCCUCCUCCUCUGAGACCUCCAAGAUCGCUACCCGCAGACUCCAUGCUACAGCUCAACAUCUCAAACCUGCUGCAGCUCUAGCUUUCAGUGCCGACAAUUACCCUACGACUCACGAAAAAAUUCAAGAUGUCCAGGAUACGCCAUACUUUGUCGACAACAAAUUCCUCAAAUCUGAAUCUACACAGUUCAUUGAUUUACACGACCCGGCAACAAAUAAUCUCGUAACGAGAGUACCACAAAGCACAGAUGCCGAGCUCAAAGCUGCGGUUGACAGUGCGGUUAAGGCAUUCCCAGGAUGGAAGAACACCAGCAUAAUGGCAAGACAACAAAUUAUGUUUAAGUUCACACAAUUAGUACGGGACAAUUGGGAUAGAUUGGCUGCCAGUAUCACAUUGGAGCAGGGUAAAACCUUUGCUGAUGCGAAAGGAGAUGUUCUUCGUGGACUGCAAGUCGCCGAAACAGCAUGCGCUAUUCCUCAACAAAUGAUGGGAGAAGUCAUAGAGGUAGCAAAGGAUAUGGAGACCAGAAGUUACAGGGAGCCAUUGGGAGUUGUAGCCGCCAUCUGCCCAUUCAACUUUCCUGCAAUGAUACCAUUAUGGUCUAUACCAAUUGCCUGUGCAACUGGAAACUGCCUUAUUGUAAAGCCCUCCGAACGAGAUCCUGGUGCCGCAAUGAUUCUUGCGGAACUCGCCCAAAAGGCUGGCUUCCCCAAUGGAGUACUCAACAUUGUCCACGGUGCUUCGAAGACGGUCGAUUUCAUCAUCGAUGAACCAGCUAUUAAAGCUAUCAGUUUUGUCGGAAGCAAUCGCGCAGGAGAAUACAUUUUCACCCGGGGUUCUGCUAAUGGCAAGCGUGUGCAGGCAAAUUUGGGCGCCAAGAAUCAUUGUGCCGUCUUGCCGGAUGCGAACAAACAACAUGCACUUAAUUCAAUUGUUGGCGCAGCUUUUGGUGCAGCUGGUCAAAGAUGCAUGGCUCUUAGUACCUUGGUCAUGGUCGGGGAGACUAAGGAGUGGCUGUCUGAGCUAGCGGAAAGUGCCAAAGCACUAAAUGUGAAUGGUGGAUUUGAAAAGGGAGCGGACCUCGGCCCAGUCAUCUCUCCACAGAGUAAGAAAAGGAUCGAAGAUUUGAUUGCUAGUGCAGAAGAGGAGGGCGCCACAAUCUUACUGGACGGUAGAGGUUACAAGCCAGAAAAAUAUCCCAACGGAAAUUGGGUCGGCCCCACGAUCAUCACCAACGUCAAACCUCAUAUGAAGUGCUACACGGAAGAAAUCUUCGGUCCAGUACUAGUCUGCUUGAAUGUGGACACUCUUAACGAAGCCAUUGACCUCAUCAACGCGAACGAAUACGGAAAUGGUGCCGCUAUCUUCACACGAUCUGGAGCAACAGCAACACACUUCCAGAAAAACAUCGAGGCAGGACAGCAGGGGAUAAAUGUACCAAUCCCUGUUCCUCUCCCUUUCUUCUCCUUCACUGGAAACAAGAAGAGUGUUGCUGGAGGUGGUGCAAAUACAUUCUAUGGCAAACCAGGACUACAAUUUUACACACAGCAAAAGACAGUUACCAGUUUAUGGAGAAGCGAGGAUGCAAUUUCUAAGUCUGCUGAUGUAUCAAUGCCUACUCAUAGCUAG